GCAGAUUUAUGUGUUGAACUUUCGGCUCAAGGUGCGGCUCAAGACCGCCGGACUUGUCCCGAGCAGCCUGAUGCGUCCACGAGCGACCUGUGAAGAAGUUGAGGCUUGCAAUCAUGUGGUCCCGCAGCCAAAAGCGUGGAGCUUGUCACCUGUGCAAGCUCCAUUGCUGUGGCUUCUACUAUUGGGCCGAUACUUCUCCACUGCAUCAGCUGCCGUUGUCGUAGAGAUGUGUACGAACAUCCGAGAGGAUUUGGGGUCGACAUCUUGUGAGGAUCUCCUUGACGGAAAUGGCAAAGGUUUUCGACUGGUUGGAACUAUGGCAAGUCCUCUCAGUUACAAUGGUGCCAGCUUCAACAUUGACAUCGAUGGCUUUACAUCUGGCUCGCGGAAUGUUUGCAUGCUAGCAGCGUUCGGCAAUGGGGGCGUGGUGCCAUCGAAUUGCCAGCCUGGCACCGGCACUCAGGCGACUGCCUUUGAUGGCGAUUUGGGGCCAAUCUACUUUGGCCCCCUCGCAGAUUUAUGUGGCUACAACGACCUGCCUUUUGAUCCAGGACAUACAAUCGAUUGGUCAUACCCGUUAGGGACGAGCUGCGUGGGGGAUUCAACCAUGGAUCUUGGCCUGACAUCGAUCGAUUGUGUCUUUUCCAUGAGCUGCGAACUUGGAACGACCACCACUAUCGCGCCCACGACCAUCACUACCAGCACUAGCACUAGCACCAGCAGCAGCAGCAGCAGCAGCAGUAGCACCAGCAGCAGCAGCAGCACCAGCAGCAGCACCAGCAGUACUAGCAGUACGUCUUCCUCUACAACAACCAGUAGUAGCAGCGCUACUAACACGCACACCACUACAUCAGGCACAGAGACCGAGACCAGUACGACCUCAGAAACUUUUACAUUGACAUCCCAGACAUUGACCUCAACAAUGACACUAACCUCGACAGAAACAACGACAGGUGUGACUGUGACUGAGACAUCGACGGUGACAGCAACAUUGACUGCUACUGUACCAACGACCGUAUCAUCUACAGCCACCGUGACAGUAACGGAACCAACCACCACAGUUUCUGAGACCACAGCAACUGUGACAGCAACGACCUCUGCGACAGCUGCGACUACCGCAGAGGCUUCCCCGACCACAACAACCACAACCACGACAACGACCACGACAACGACCACGACCACCACCACGACAACGACUACCACUACCAGUGCGACCACAACGACCACCACGACCACCACGACCACAACGACCACCACAACCACUACCGGUGAUAGUACCACCACUGGGCAAGCAAUCACGACAACAACGACCGUAACGACCGACGCCACAAGCUUCAGCGAAGGGUCGCCCUGUCCUGAUGUGCCUGUGAUCCCGCACAGCGAGCCCCUUGAUAGCUGCACUGGCACCGAGAGCGGUUCGUUCUGUUCUGUUGCAUGCCUCCCAGGCUACGCUGCAAAGGACCCUCGAAUUCUUCAAUGCAGAGAUGGUCGUUGGCAAGUGCGAGGUGAGUGCUUCUUGGAGGGCGUCAAUGUGACUGAAGCCAGCGCUGCGCAGAUCCUUCUACGCUUGAGCUUGGAUUUAGAGGGAAUGAAUGCAAGUGAUGGCUUCGCUUGGGCCGAGCAGCACUUGGACCACCUCUACCGAGCGUUUGGUAAGACGAUUGAUGUACAUCCAGCAGAGCUGCGCCUCCAGUUGCUGCCAAGCUCCUUGGGUCGUCGCUUGGGGCAAACGACCUUGGCCUUCGAUGUCCGCCUGACCCUUUUGCUCGAAGCAAAUGUGUCCACCUUGUCUUUGCAGGAAGCGAUGCAGGACUUGGCGUACCUCGCAGAUGUGACAGGCAUCUCCCACUUCGAAGAUGCUUUGCAGAAGGAACUUGAAAGUGCAGGAAGCGCCUCCACUGUCACAAGGGUUAUUCUUGGAACCCUGGGCUCAGCAGAGGUCAUUGAGAACUAUUUCUUGCCAGAACCAUUUUGGAUUGUUGGCCCCUGGGACACAGCAGCCUGCGCAGCUGCCUGUGGGGAAGCCUCAGAGAUUGCAGAGGUCACCUGUAGCCGUGGCUCUUGGCUGCUUUGCUCAGGUCCUGCAGAAUUGCUGGCGGGACCUCAGCCAUCCUCAGAGCGGCCUUGCUCAUCAUGCCCUGCAACCACAGCCUCCAUACCUGGCUGGGUUCUUCUGGCAGCUUUGGGCGUCGGCCUGUGCUGCUGCACGAUCAUGGGCUUCUGCCUUGCAAAGCGGUGUUUGAAAUCCAUGUCUCGCGCACUGCCACAGCAGGGCUAUACUGGACAGCAGAACUUGGGAGAUGUUGGAACACAGGCAUAUCACGUGGAGCCAGGCUUGAGGACUGCGAAAUCCAGGAAGAGCGCAAGCUCGGGAGGCGAUGGAGAGGGCUUCCUGCAGCGGCUGCGGACGAUGAAGACCAUGAAAUCGACCACCACAGCAAAGAGUUCGCGGUCCCGAAAGACUGCAAAGUCUGAUGAAGAGGUGAAAUCAGCGAAAACCAAAGUCGUUUGGGACCUGGACAUGGAGGAGAUCAAAACGAGCUUUGCAUAUGGACAGUCCCGAGCUGAAGGACGCGGUCCGCGCAACACCUUCGAAAUAGAAUGUGACGUGGACUUGGAAGAUCCGGUGGCUCUGGAACCAAGCUGGGAUGAAGAACAACAACGAAGGCAACCAAGUGACAAGAGGCCGUGGUCUCCCAGCUCCAGUCUCUCCAGACCAUCCCGCCAGCGUUCUGGUACCUUGUUGGAUGGGCCCGAGUCGCCCAUGCACAAAGCAGAUACGGAGCUGACGAUUAUGCGCUCGAGUCUGUAAGGCAUCGCACGUGUAAGACAUGCUGAGGGGUGCCAUGGUGCCCAUUAAAAUGCUCUGUCAGAGACAGGCAAAUUAGGUAACACGCAUCCCGUUCCCCUAGCAGGACACAGAGAUGUCCUCCUUGCAUCCUCCAAAGGAUGUAGCAGACAAAGCCAAAGAGUUCUGAGAGACCC